UCACUCACUCAUCUUCAUCUCUUUCUCUCUCUUCUCCCUCUCUCAUCUCGCUUUCAGUCCCAUCAUCUUCUUUUAUUUCACCAACGUUCAGUGUGUGUCCCAUUCUUGGGGUGUUGGGUCUUUUUUCCUCUCCCCUUUCCUUCCCCACUGUGAAGUCACAUUGGAGCUCCCACUUGGGCAAGGCAGGUUCCAGUGCAUGAAUCCUCCUCCAGUGAUUUUAUCAUCAUCGUUUCUACAAUUAUUAAUCAAUCCAUUUCACAGUGUUUCGAACCUCAACCUCUUCCGCGUGGAAAGUUUUCUCAGUGUGUGUUUCUUAUGCAUUAGCAUGAGUACGAUGAUGCUCCUGUUCGAUUUUCUUUCAUUUUCUCUGUUGGGUCGGGCUGAGACCGAGAGUUACGGUUGAGGUCCACGUGAUUUGAGUGAUAUUGGAGUCUCUGUUUGGCUGAUGGGAAUAUGGUCUCAGGGAAGAAGACAGUGUAUAAGGGAUGGUGUCCUGAUUCUUUUGCUCUUUUGCUCUUUGGGUUUUGUUUUUGUGUUGUUUGGGGUUCUUCUGACCGCAACCUCAUCAGCGACUAUGAUUGAUUUCCUUUUCUACCUUCGUCUUUCUUUUGUCACUUCGACAGAGCUCAAGUCACAGCUGUUGGGGUUCAAUCCUCCGCUGCGACGUCUCACUGUGGAUGGACUGUUUGUGGCUGCAUUACAAGAUUUGAUUGGGAGAGAUGACAGCCGCGUCUUGUCGUCUGUUUGACUCUACUUGCAAAGCAGCCAUUCGGGUCGGACCUGCGAAAAUCGCUGGUUUGGCUCGGAGAUUUUGAGAUUUCUUGCAAGAUUUUGCGCUGAACGGAACCAGACAGGACACUGAGAGAGAGGACAUAUCACAUAUGAAAUGAGGUCUGGGUUCAAUCUGUGGUGAUUGAUUCUUCCCCUGCUGAGCAAGUUCAUGCCAAUCGGUGAAAAGGGUCUUGUCAUACCAAAUCUGAUUUUCUCCAGUUGGAACCGUUUGCUUGUCUGUGGUACAUUUUUGCCAAUCCUAAGGAGGUGGGGGCAGAGGAUUUUUAGAGCUUCCGAAGACAAGAGUUGUUCAUCUCUUCAAUGAGAUGGGACUCGAUUGGUGCUGUCCCAUUGUCAUCAAUCUCGGCAAUGUGUUUUCUUUGCUUUUAAUCGGUCUUCUUAAGGACUAUUGAUUGAUUUCUAUCCGCGAGCCGACUACGAGAGUUUUAGACUUCUCUGGAGCAACACAAUGAGCAGUAGAGAGCUGAGGAGAGGGACGCAGCUGGAGAAGGAGGUUGAUGCUGCGGAGAAGGUUGUGGUCGCAGUAAAGGCCUCGAAGGAGAUCCCAAAAGCUGCCCUCGUUUGGGCCUUGACCCACGUGGUUCAGCCCGGUGGCUGCAUUACUUUGGUCGUGGUUGUCCCUUGCCAGAGUUCGGGUCGGAAAUUUUGGGGUUUCCCAUUAUUUGCAGGGGACUGUGCAAAUGGUCAUCGGAAAUCUCACUUAGGAUCAAGCUCGGAACAGAAAAUCGAUAUCACAGAUUCGUGUUCCCAGAUGUUCCUUCGGCUGCACGAUGUUUACGACCCAAACAAGAUAAAUGUCAAGAUAAAGAUUGUCUCCGGAUCUCCUUGUGGUGCAGUGGCUGCUGAAGCUAAGAAAACUGAGGCGAAUUGGGUCGUCAUAGACAAACAGCUCAAGCACGAGGAGAAACGAUGCAUGGAAGAGCUGCAAUGUAACAUUGUCACCAUGAAACGUUCUCAGCCAAAAGUUCUCCGUUUGAAUCUGGUUGGGUCUUCCAAGAGAGAGCCUGAAGCUGCCACUUCCUUAUCUCUGGAGCCUAAAGAACUGUCAGAGAGAGACCUUAAGAACAAGAAGACAGAUGCAUUAGAUUCCAUCAGGGGCCCGGUAGUCACUCCAACCAGCAGCCCCGAACUUGGGACGCCAUUUACCGCUACUGAAGCUGGGACAUCCUCAGUCUCGAGUUCUGACCCUGGGACAUCUCCCUUCUUCAUCUCUGAAGGAAACUUGGAUAUAAAGAAAGAAGAGGCCCUCGUGAUAAAAGAAUCCCGGGAACUCGAGGAGUGCAGUAGCAGUUCCGAUUCUGAUAGUGAGAAUCUGUCAUUAGCUUCAGCAAGUCUGAGAUUUCAGCCAUGGAAUAUGGCUAAGUUGCUUGGCUCCAACGAGAAGGCUCAAUCAAUGACAACCGCCUCAAAGAACAUCAUUUUUGACAAGUUCAGUGGGAAUGUCCGAGAGGCAGUCUCAUUGUCCCGAAACGUUCCCCCUGGCCCUCCUCCCCUGUGCUCGAUAUGCCAGCACAAAGCUCCCAUGUUUGGGAAGCCUCCAAGGUGGUUCAGCUUUGAGGAGCUGGAGAUGGCCACAGGAGGGUUCUCCAAGGCUAAUUUUUUGGCGGAAGGAGGUUUUGGGUCUGUCCACAGAGGAGUGCUUCCAGAUGGACAAGUUGUCGCUGUGAAACAGCACAAGCUUGCAAGCUCUCAGGGGGACCAGGAGUUCUGCUCCGAAGUUGAGGUCUUGAGCUGUGCCCAGCACCGAAACGUUGUUAUGCUGAUCGGCUUCUGUAUAGAGGAUAAGAGGAGGCUGUUGGUCUAUGAGUACAUUUGCAACGGCUCGCUGGAUUCUCAUCUAUAUGGACGACACCAAGAGCCACUGGAAUGGUCAGCAAGGCAGAAAAUCGCAUUGGGGGCUGCCCGAGGACUCCGAUAUCUUCACGAAGAGUGUAGGGUAGGUUGCAUUGUCCACCGAGAUAUGCGCCCAAACAACAUUCUCAUCACACAUGAUUUUGAGCCACUGGUCGGGGAUUUUGGUCUUGCAAGGUGGCAGCCUGAUGGGGAUACUGGGGUAGUAACUAGAGUAAUAGGUACCUUUGGGUAUUUAGCUCCGGAGUAUGCCCAGAGUGGCCAAGUCACAGAAAAAGCUGAUGUGUACUCUUUCGGUGUGGUCUUGGUGGAGCUUGUCACAGGCCGAAAGGCCGUGGACCUUAAUCUGCCAAAGGGCCAGCAGUGUCUCGCAGAAUGGGCACGCCCUUUAUUGGAAGAAUUUGCAAUUGAUCAGCUAAUUGACCCAAGAUUGGGAGAUCGAUAUGCAGAACAUGAGGUUUCUUGUAUGCUGCAUGCUGCAUCCUUGUGUAUAAGACGGGACCCGCAGUCAAGGCCUAGAUUGUCUCAGGUACUGCGCAUUUUGGAAGGGGACAUGCUCUUUGACUCGAAUUAUAUGUCCACCCCGAGCUCCGAUGUUGGAAGUCAAAGUGGUCGGAUCUGGGCUGACCAGCAACAACACCACAGUGGACCUUUACUAGAGGAGGCCAUGGAAGUUUUUAACCAAAAACUAUCUGUGGGAUACUCGAAGGCCCAGUUUCUAGGUCAGCGAUAAAGGCAGCAGCAGAAGAAUGGCGUGAACUGUGAAGAUGAUCUGUUGUGAAGGAAGAAGCACGCCAAACAGAACACUCAAGAAUAUCGAAAUAUCGAAUGAUAUGGUGAGAUUAUGCUUGGACCUCAUCUUAAGUUUUGCCUCAAGCCCCGACUCGUUCUGGUAGUGUAUAGUCCGUUGGAAUAUUUUGAAAUAGCAACGGUAUUGUAAUUCUUUUGGAGUAAUUAGGCAAAUACAAUAUUGAAUUGGGAAUAUUUGUGCAAACCUGAUGAGCCAUCAGAAAAUACAUGUCAUGGUGAGUUGUGCCGUUGCCGCUACCGGGUCUGGAAGGAUGGGUUUAAAAAUUUUGGCGCCGAACCUGCGAGGAGGGUGCCAAAGACAACUCUGGUAUUUUUGCCUUGCCUCGAGAAGCAAGAUGCUAUCAAGUUUCAGUUUGCAAGCAACUUCUCUUGUUUGUGAAAUCAAAGUCUGUCCAGAUGUUUGCGAGAUUUUCUUGAAGACGACAAAAAUGUCGAAUUGAAUUUUGAAAAACAGGAGCCGGACAAUGGUUGCAUUUA